CGACCUUAUCAGAUCCCGGGGACACGGAGGAUGACAGCGUCUUUGUCGGGGAUGUUCUUGAGACGCAGCAGGCACCCGCGGCUGCCGGGGACGCUAUCAUCAGCUCCUUCUCCUCCCACUCUUCUUUCUCAAGCCAUUCCCUGAGUCGCGGGAAGAGGUACUCCGCCAGUGACUUUAUUCGAGACACGAUUUUAGCUCCAGUGGAUGAUAAGCUUAGUAAUGGCAGCUCAGUGAAUCCAGUGACCUCUCUUCCGCCAUUCGCCGACGUGCCGGACACGAGUAAAAAGAAAAAGAUGCAUAAAACCGGGAAAGAAAUGGAAUGGCAAACCGAAACAAGAGAGCUUUUGGAAGAGGGUGACGCCUCCGUCUCGGGCAAGGGAAGGCCAGCCCUGCGAGGACCGCCCGAGGUGCCCCGCGUGUUCACCUCGCAGAACAUGGUCAACAUCGAGUUCAUUACCAAAGAUCCCGAGCAGGAUGACAUCCACAUAUCAGCGGACAUGAGUUCAUCCCUCCUGCGUUAUCCCUCUCCUGUUCGUCCUCCCUCUCCCUCUCUGCCUGUUCCUCCUCCUUCCUCCACGCUGCCCAAUCCUCCUCCUUCGCCUACUCUCCCUGUUCCGCCUCCUUCCCCCACUCCUCCCAUCCCCCCUCCAUCUCCCUCCCUUCCUAUCCCCCCUGCGUCCCCGCCCCUCCCCCUGCCCCCCACGCCGCCGCCGAGGGCCCGGUCCCCGACCAAGAAAAAACGACCGAGGAGCUCCAGCCCGAGAAAAACUAGCUCUCCUAGCAAGGACUUCCCGGCGCCCAGAAGGUCAAGGUCCUGCUGCCUGCACGCCCGCGAGGCCACGCCAAGGUACCUCGACUACUUCCAAGACAGGCGCAGGGGUUCUAAGAGCUUCUUGCACUGCCUCCUUGAGCACGGGAUGGGCUGCGAUGACGGCCUCGCCUCUUUGCCGUGGGACUACAAGCUGUGUCCGCUCUAUCAGAAUAUGUCGGCUUUGCAACUUGCAGCCGAGGGGAGAGACUACCUCAUGUGGUGUCCCGACCAAGAAUUCGAUCAUGCAGUCGCUGCCUUGGACAUCCGGGGCUUGGUGGAACUGGUGCAGACUUUACAAGAUGCUAUGGCUGUCGAACAGCAAACAUUCGACAGCCUAACACAGCAGCUGGAACUAGUCACUGACCCCCUUCAACAGCAAAGGCUAUCUGCUGCUCUGUGUACUUCCCAAACGAGACUGGCGAGGCUCUGCUCCAGAAAUAUGAGAUGUUUCACACAGGUAAGUGCCGGAGUGUAGUGUAGUCUUAUAUUUAUUAUCUUAU